AUGGCGGCUGCCGCCGAGGCCGCGAGCAAGCGCUCCAAGGGCAAGAAGCCUUUGAAAGAUAUCAAGAAAUACGUCGUCAUCGGUGUGAGCGCCUUGGUGAUGCUUGGUGCCAUCUACCUUGCUGCCACGGACAAUGCCGGUGGAAAGAAGAAGAGCAGGGAUACCUAUCGAUCCCGGGCUUCGGCGCAGGUCAACGACCGCUAUUUUGUAGGCGACGUUACGUCUUAUGCCGCCGGAAACUUCACAGCCGCUGCAAGUCCCUUCUUCAACGGCUGGUCCUACGCAGACGUCUCCUACGGCCUCGAUGGCGUGGGCAUCCGUGCUGAGGGCAUGAUUGGCUUCUCCGGGGCCCUGCAGCGCUGCGCGGACGAAGGGGAGGGCCUUGAGGGAGGGGCUGUGCCCCCCAGCUACGACCUACGUGAGCAGAAGCCAGGCUGUGAAGCCGGCCCCGUCUACGACCAGGGGAACUGCUCCUCCAGCUAUGCGAUCGCAGCAGCCACGGCACUCGCAUCGCGCUUCUGCUUCAGCGAUCCGGAUGCAUAUGCGAAGACGCAGCUCUCGCCGCAGCAGAUCGUGUCCUGCGACAAGAAGA